AACUAACACAUACAACUAGAUCUGAUCAUAUCUUUUUGAUUUCAUCUAAAAAGAAAACUACUUGUGGUAGUUCCGCUUCUGAAUUUACUGCCCCAAAUGAUUGGAAUGUGUUACAAGCUAUUGUAUGUCUGCGCAUUUAAAACAUAUUGGCGAGUCCUUUUAUCUGAAAAUGUUUAAAAUUGUGUGUGUGUAAUAUAUAUAUAAUAUAUAUGUGUACACACACAAUUGUACUGUAUGUGUAUUGCAAUGUAUGGUUGUUUUUCAGUAGAUCUUCACUCUUUUGCCAGGCUGUUACUGAAAAUAAGAUCCUGCUCUUAAUAACUUUCCUGGUUAAAUAAAGGUUAAAAGAAAAAUGAAAAAUAAUUUAACACCAUAAACGCAGUUGGUUGAUUAAAAAAAAAAAAAAAAAAUCGGCAAAUUACCCUGAAAACAGUUAAAUAUACGAUUGCAAAUACAAUAGCAGCAACAAAGUGUUACAAAUGCAUGAUAAUCCCUUGUUUGUUUGAUAGAGAUGUUUUUUUUCUCUCUCUCUCUCUUUUUGGCUAGUGUGUUCUGUUUGGUUGUAGUGCUUUUAUACAGAUGAAGCGAUUUUGUUUGAAUCCGAGAUAUGUACAACCAUUAGGAAUAAGGUGAAUAUUUCAGAACAAAUAAAUACAGCAUGUGAGUAAAAGGCCUUUGGGUGUGUGUUACACGGAACAAAGUAUUAAACAGAUCAAAGCACAUUGAGCGGGAAACCCUCUGCUUGUUUGAAAAGAGGGAGCGCGCAGUCAUUGGCUAGCAGUCAUAAGCACACGUCACACAUUAGCCAAUCACAAGCCUCGGCACCCUCGCGACACUGUGAGCUCGUGGCCGCGCAAUGCCUUAAAAACAGGCGUGUAACAGAAAAUCGCAUUUCCAGCUCAAGCAGGUUAGAGUAAGAAGAAGACUGCAGCAAUGGCAAGAACCAAGCAGACCGCUCGUAAAUCCACCGGUGGUAAAGCCCCGAGGAAGCAGCUCGCUACCAAAGCCGCCCGUAAGAGCGCUCCAGCCACCGGCGGCGUCAAGAAGCCCCAUCGUUACAGGCCCGGGACCGUGGCUCUUAGAGAGAUCCGCCGUUAUCAGAAGUCCACCGAGCUGCUGAUCCGCAAACUGCCCUUCCAGCGGCUGGUGAGAGAAAUCGCUCAGGACUUCAAGACGGAUCUGCGCUUCCAGAGCUCCGCUGUCAUGGCCCUGCAGGAGGCCAGCGAGGCUUAUUUGGUCGGUCUGUUUGAGGACACCAAUCUGUGCGCCAUCCAUGCCAAGAGGGUCACCAUCAUGCCCAAGGACAUUCAGCUGGCCCGCCGCAUCCGCGGAGAGCGCGCCUAAACCCGCAUCAGCCACAUCAAACCCCAAAGGCUCUUUUAAGAGCCAC